UGGGAUUUCUAAUGGGUUGGAAAAAUAUUUGAAAAUUAUAUUCCAACGACACAACGGUAACUUGUCUUUUCUUUUCUUUCCAUUCCUUUUCUUUUCUUUCCAUUCCUUUUCUUUUCUUCUCUUUUCUUUUCCCUUGCUUCUUCCACACUCAUUCUAUCGCAUCUUAUGUUCUUUUCAUCCAACACCAAAACCGAAGCAAAUCGUUCCCUUUUCGCACUCUCUGCAACAACUGCAUCAACAUGCAAACGGAAAAUCAUAAAAUGCCGAAGAAAUCUAUCGGAAACUUGAUGCGAAGACGGCUUUCCGAUAUCACAAAUUCUUCUCACUCUCAACAAGAAAACAAUAACCAUUCACUAACCCUCGAUAAUAACUGCAUUCAACAACUCCUAAAGGAAAGAGCGAAUUUGAUCAACCUUCUUGCUGAAAGAAAUAAAAUGAUAGAAAGGAGUGGAGCUGAAUUGCAGAGACUGAGAAGUGAUAUGAAGAAGCUUCAAAUGCAAAACUGGAAUCUUGCUCAGUCUAAUAGUCUCAUGUUAGCAGAACUUAACUUGGGGAGGGAUAAGAUAAAAACACUGCAACAUGAAAUUUUUUGGAGGGCUGCUUUGAUUAAUGGAAAGACCUUCGAGAUACAGGAAAAAGAGGAGAUUGACUCUGAGAAGAAUGACUCAUUAUCACAUUUACAGGAAGGAGAUGAAAAGGAAGCCCUGCAAUCCCCUAGAACUAGCAAUGACGAAAAACAAUGUUGUUUGAACAGGAGACGCAUAAGAAGUAAAUCUACUGGUUCUUCUACCGUUGCCACAAAAAAUACAAGCAAAGAAAAGGUUAAAGACAGAAGACGACGAUUGAGAAGACAUUCUGCUACGUCAAAGGUCCAUGAACACGAACCUCUAGAAAAUUUAUUUGAGAUAGAGGAUGCUCAAUACGCCAUCACUCAAUCUGGAUCAAACAAACUGAGUACUUCAGCUGUAAAAACUGAAAGAAGAGUAAGUUCUGAUUUAAGAAAGGAAGCUCCAAGGCAUUCUUUUGGAAGACCCCUGCGAAGGGCAGCUGAGAAGGUUCCAUCUUACAAAGAGAUUCCUCUAAAUGUCAAGAUGAGAAGGCUAGCAUAAACCAAAUAUAGAGAAGGUUCCAUACCCUUCCUUCAUUCAUUUCUCAUUUUGUUGUAUGUUGAAACUUAUGUCUUUCAUUUGUGUAGUUUUUGUACACCUUUUUAUGAAAUGAAAAUAGUGGACACUUUAGAAAGUAUUAAUUUUCAUGGUUGAUUUAUGUUACGAAAAUAGUGGACAGUUUAGAUAAGUAUCAGAUUCCAUGGUUUGAUUUA